AUGGGAUAUUAUCUACAAGAGGCUUGCGGCAGUAAAGAAGAAGUAAGAUACCUAUUGUGGAUCCGUUUAACACGAGCUCUGAAGGUAACAGAGUUCUUCAGGGAUCUGGAAAAGGAUAUCCGCGUGAAUUAUCUGUUCACAAGAAUAGUGAAACUCAUAGUUGUGGAGAUCUACUGCACACACACAGCAGCCUGUAUCUUCUAUUACCUGGCCACAACGCUACCCGAGUCAAUGGAAGGAAAUACAUGGAUAGGGAGUUUGAAGUUGGGGGAGUACAGCUAUGAUCAUUUCAGGGAGCUUGAUCUUAUCAAGCUUUAUACCACCUCACUGUACUUUGCAAUCGUCACAAUGGCGACUGUUGGUUAUGGUGACAUUCAUGCUGUAAAUGUCAGGGAAAUGAUAUUUGUCAUGAUCUAUGUCUCCUUUGAUAUGAUUCUUGGCGCUUACCUCAUCGGUAACAUGACUGCGCUUAUCGUCAAAGGCUCGAGAACCGAGCGAUUCAGGGACAAAAUGAAAGAAGUCAUCAGGUAUAUGAACAGGAAUAAACUUGGGAAAGAGAUAAGGGAACAGAUCAAGGGGCAUCUGAGGUUGCAGUAUGAGAGCAGCUACACUGAAGCUUCUGUACUUCAGGAUAUCCCUAUUUCAAUUCGUGCAAAGAUUUCUCAAACACUGUAUAAGCCAUAUGUUGAAAGCACUCCACUGUUCAAAGGCUGCUCAGCAGAAUUCAUUCAACAGAUUGUCAUCAGACUCCAAGAAGAGUUCUUCCUACCAGGAGAGGUUAUUUUGGAGCAAGGCAGUGCAGUUGAUCAGAUAUACUUUGUCUGUCACGGUGCGCUGGAAGGUGUUGGCAUCGGCGAAGACGGUCAAGAGGAGACUAUUUUGAUGUUGGAGCCUGAGAGUUCUUUCGGAGAAAUCGCUAUCCUUUGCAACAUCCCACAGCCAUACAGUGUUCGUGUUUGUGAACUUUGCAGGCUCUUGCGGCUCGAUAAGCAGUCAUUCACAAACAUACUGGAGAUCUACUUUGUCGACGGAAGGAAAAUUUUGAGCAACCUCACUGAUAACAAUGAAUAUGGCGGACGAGUCAAACAAAUAGAAUCAGAUAUCACAUUCCACAUAGGGAAGCAAGAGGCAGAGCUGACCUUGAGAGUAAACAGUGCUGCCUUUUACGGUGACCUUAAUCAGCUCAAGGGUUUAAUCCGGGCAGGAGCCGAUCCAAAGAAUACCGAUUAUGACGGGCGGUCUCCUUUGCAUCUUGCAGCUUCCAAAGGGUACGAAGACGUUGCGCAGUUCCUCAUCCACGAAGGGGCUGAUAUCGAUCUUGCCGACAAAUUUGGGAACACGCCACUGCUGGAGGCAGUGAAGCAGGGGCAUGACCGGGUGGCCGCGCUGCUCUUCGGCAGAGGAGCCAAGCUGAACCUCGAGAACGCCGGCAGCCACCUCUGCAUGGCGGUGUCGAAGGGGGACUCCGACUUCGUUCGGAGGGCUCUAGCCUACGGCGCUGACCCAGACUCGAAGGACUACGACCACCGCAGUCCUCUCCACAUAGCCGCCGCAGAUGGCCUGUACAUGAUGGCCAAGAUGCUGGUAGACGCAGGCGCAAGCGUGUUCGCAACCGACAGGUGGGGCACUACGCCACUGGACGAAGGGCGAAAGUCGGGUAGCAAGCCGCUGAUGAUGCUGCUGGAGCAGGCGAAAGCCGACGAGCUGUCCAAGUUCCCCGCCCGCGGUGAAGAAGUGAGAGAUAGAAUGCACCCGCGACGAUGCUCCGUGUUCCCCAACCAUCCGUGGGACGAUGGCGCCGGGCGCAGAGAGGGGGUGACGCUGUGGAUCCCACACACGAUCGACGGGCUCAUCAGGUCGGCGCAGGAGAAGCUGGGCUUGUCCGGCUCAGGCCUGCGCCUGCUCGGCGAGGACGGCGCGAGGGUGCAGGAGGUCGACAUGGUCCAUGAUGGCCAGAAGCUCUAUCUGGUCGGAGGCAAUGACGGCACGGGGCAGAGCGAGUAG